AUGUGUGCCUCUGAAUCAGAACGAGAUCAAAACAAUCAACAGCGGCGCAGUCUCUCUCCUCUGCGGGAGUCUUCAACGCCAAAAGACUCUUCUCCAGCUACCCACAACUCUUCCCAUUAUCAUGAAGAGGACAGUCUUCAUGAUCAUCAUGAUCACAAUCAAGACCUCAAAGAUUACACUUCAGCGAAGGACUCAAACUCUAUCCGGAGCGAGCGAGCACUUGGUAACAGCAGUGCGCACCAGCACGCCGACAUCAUGGCAACGUCAAGUCCACGUGGUCGAGAACAAAGUGAAGAAGUGGAAGAGCGAGGAAGAAGCAGACUGCGUGAGGAUAACUUGGACAUUACUGACGACAGCUUUGACGAUAUAAGUCUAAUGGGUUUCAAAACUGGGUCCAAGCAUGAUAGUCCAGUAAAGAUGAAGAAAGUUAGAUGA